AAUGGUAGGUGCAAAAAUAUCAAAAAUCCUCUCAAAAUUAUGCCUAGCAAAGGAAGCAGCGGAAAGGAAGUGACGUGCGUGUUUCGUCAUCCGUAUGUUGAUGUUUUGUGGCAACAGCAGUACGGAGGGACGGGAAGACGGUUUGUUUUUGUUCCGUUGUCCGCUGUUUUUAACGUCAAAAUCGGCUCGCAUUGAAUUAAACACGCUCCGCGGUGACGGGAGCGAUUAUCACGACGCGAAAGACGCUCGAGUCGGACGUUUAAACGCGUAAAAACGGAGGAAGCGUCACCCCUUACCCCCCUCGCCGAACAUGACGAUUCUGCCGAAGAAGAAACCGAGCUCGUCGGUCGGUGUGUCGGAUCACCCUGACGACCCCGACCGCCGGACCGGCUCCGACCCGCACCAGCACUCCCACGGCGUUCGGCCGGGUACGAGGUCCAGAGCUUCUCCGCCGCCUUGGUCCUAUCAAGCCGCUCCGCCGACAUCCAGAGAGGACAGGCGGAACGAAUCUAGUACCCGGCCGCAGCAGGCCUCUCCUCCGCCGGUGGGCGCCGGGUCUCCGGUCGGCCCGGGGGAUGCGAGCGGGAUGGCGUGCGUGUCCGGGGGUCGAGGCGAACUUUCGAGCGGGGUGGGAUGCGGGGGUGGGAUGGGAGGAUGCUGUUCGGGGCCCGGGCUCAGUAAGAGGCGGAGACAAGCGACCUGCUCCGGUGGGGUGGCCGGUGGAGGGACCGGACCCGGGGCGGCGGGGGGAGGAGGCGGGGGUGGUGUCGGGGUAGGAGGUGGUCCGAGCCACGAGCAGGAGGAAGGAGCCGGGUACAACAGCGAGGAUGAGUACGAGAAUGCUGCCAGACUGCAGUCAGAGGAUCCGGCCACAGUGGAGCAGGAACACUGGUUUGAGAAAGCACUUGGGGAAAAGAAAGGAUUUGUCAUCAAAAAAAUGAAGGAAGACGGGGCCUGCCUCUUCAGAGCUGUCGCUGAUCAGGUUUACGGAGACCAAGAUAUGCACGAAGUCGUCCGCAAACAUUGCAUGGAUUACUUGAUGAAAAAUGCAGACUACUUCUCGAACUAUGUCACAGAGGACUUCACUACAUACAUUAACAGAAAGAGGAAGAACAACUGUCAUGGGAACCAUAUUGAGAUGCAGGCCAUGGCAGAGAUGUACAAUCGUCCAGUAGAAGUUUAUCAGUACGGCACAGAACCAAUCAACACCUUCCAUGGCAUCCAUCAAAAUAAUGAUGAACCAAUCAGAGUUAGUUACCACAGGAACAUUCACUACAACUCCGUAGUGAACCCCAACAAAGCCACGAUCGGAGUUGGGCUUGGACUUCCAGCCUUUAAACCAGGGUUUGCAGACCAGUCACUUAUGAAGAAUGCCAUUAAAACGUCAGAGGAGUCCUGGAUUGAGCAACAGAUGCUGGAGGACAAAAAAAGGGCCACGGAUUGGGAGGCGACCAACGAGGCCAUAGAGGAGCAAGUGGCCAGAGAGUCUUACUUACAGUGGCUUAGAGACCAAGAGAAACGGGCGCGACAGCCUCGUAAGGCGAGCGCGACGUGCAGCUCGGCCACGGCUGCAGCCUCCAGUGGUUUGGAAGAAUGGAAUGCACGCUCCCCGCGGCAACGCAGCUCCGCCCCUUCUCCUGAGAUUCCCGAUCCUUCGCAUUCAGACACAACAACCAAACCGCCCUCUCCGGCCGGAGCGGCCCUCGUGUUAUCCAAACCCCCAUCACCUUGUGCACCAGGUCCCAGUAACCAGGCUUGUGUUGGACCAGACAGACCCACCUCAUCCUCGCUGGUAUCAUUGUAUCCUGCGCUGGGCUAUCGAGCCAUUAUGCAUGAGAUGUCUCCUACUGCAUUUGGCCUUACAGACUGGGAAGACGAUGAGAUAUUGGCUUCCGUUUUGGCUGUGUCACAACAGGAAUACCUCGAUAGCAUGAAGAAAAGCGCAAUGCAUAGAGAACCUUCCCCGGACAACAGUUGAUAAAGGACGGUUCGGCCACCAUCUGCUUUCCACUCCUCAAAAAGAAGGCAGAUUAAUGGGAAUCAAACCAGUCACAUUCUCUCCAUCAUCAUCAUCAUCAUCAUCAUGCACACUGUCUUCCCUUUUCUUCUCCAUUCAUCCAUUUAUUCCUGCAUCAUUGCAUCACUUGGCCCCAGCCAUCAAACAGUAAUGGCCCAUUGUUGUGAUACCUGACUAACCACUCCUUUUUUUCUUAUGCUAUUCACACCAUCGUUGGACUUCUUAGGUGCAUGUGAAUAUAAACAUGACUGAUAUCAUUAUAGAAUACAUGAAAAAAGUUAUUGGAAAAAGUCAUGCUUUAUCCUCUUAAUAUUUGAUUAAUAUAAUCUUGUUUUAUUUUAUUUUCUUGUUUGGGAUGAAAAUGCUCUUUUUUUCCUUGGAAUAAAAAAAGGAGAACUUUCUGAAGAAUUGUAAA